CUACAGGGAUCUCUAAUGUGGAACAUGGCGAGAGGGAUGAGGGGAGCUCAUCUCUUCGCUGUAUUUUUUACUUUUUCAAUAACACUUUUAAGGGAAGUAGAUGGUCAAGGAUCUUUUAAUGACAUAACAGGUUAUAGUUUGAGUCCUCCGUAUUUCAAUCUCGCUGAGGGGGCUACUAUCUCUGCCACAGCAACCUGCGGUCAGGAUCAGGCUGGGACACCGAGAUAUGAAUUAUACUGUAAACUUGUUGGAGGACCGGCCACUGGACUUCCUACUCAGAAUAUACAGGGUCAGUUCUGUGACUACUGCAACUCUGUGGACCCAAACAAAGCCCACCCAGUGACCAAUGCCAUUGAUGGGACCGAGCGGUGGUGGCAGAGCCCUCCUCUCUCCAGGGGACUGGGCUACAAUGAGGUGAACGUUACCCUGGACCUUGGGCAGCUCUUCCAUGUGGCGUACGUCCUCCUCAAGUUUGCUAAUUCACCUCGGCCUGACCUCUGGGUGCUGGAGCGCUCUGUAGACAACGGCAGGACCUUCACCCCCUGGCAGUAUUUUGCACAUUCAAAGCGCGAGUGUAUCGAAAAGUUCGGAAAGGAGCCCAAUGCUCGUAUAUUACAUGAUGACGACCAGCUCUGCACCACAGAAUACUCUAAGAUCGUCCCUUUGGAAAACGGAGAGAUUGUGGUGUCUCUAGUCAAUGGUCGACCAGGGUCCAGAAACUUCACCUACUCGCCAGUGCUGCGAGACUUCACAAAGGCCACCAACAUCCGCCUGCGCUUCCUUCGCACCAGCACCCUGCUGGGCCACCUGAUCUCCAAGGCCCAGAGAGAUCCCACCGUCACACGCAGGUAUUACUAUAGUAUCAAAGACAUCAGCAUUGGUGGACGCUGCGUUUGUCAUGGGCACGCACAGGUGUGUGGUGGGGGACGACACCAGGACAACCCAAACAGACUCCAGUGUGAAUGCCAACACAACACCUGCGGUGAGUCAUGUGACCGCUGCUGCCCAGGCUUCAACCAGAAACCAUGGCGUGCUGCAACUGUUGACAGCCCCAAUGAGUGUCGUCCCUGCCAGUGUUUCUCCCAUGCCUUCGACUGUUAUUACGACCCCGAGGUGGAAAAGAGGGGAGCAAGUUUAGACACCUACGGCAGGUACGACGGAGGAGGCGUGUGCAUCAACUGCCAGCACAACACUGAUGGAGUGAACUGUGAGCGAUGCAUUGAAGGUUUCUACAGACCUUAUGGAGUACCUCCUGAGUCUCCCACUGGAUGCAUACCCUGCAGGUGUGAUGAAAGGACUACAGCCGGCUGUGAAAUGGGGUCUGGAAGGUGUCUCUGCAAGCCACAAUUUGCUGGAGAAAACUGUGAUCGCUGUGCUGAUGGAUACUAUUACUACCCAGAGUGCAUAACCUGCAGGUGUGAUGAAAGGACUACAGCCGGCUGUGAAAUGGGGUCUGGAAGGUGUCUCUGCAAGCCACAAUUUGCUGGAGAAAACUGUGAUCGCUGUGCUGAUGGAUACUAUUACUACCCUGAGUGCAUAAGAUAUCCCGUAUACCAGAUGACCACCAAAUCCCCUGCAGGACCCAUUGUGGGGCCCACUGCUUGCCCUCCAGGUUAUUUCGGCUCACCCGGCCGCUGUCAGCAGUGUAUAUGCGACUACAGAGGGACAGCGUACGGGGUGUGCGACGCAUUUGGCCGCUGCCUGUGCCGUCGGGGUGUGGAAGGCGAGCGAUGUGACCGCUGCCAACCAGGAUACUACUCCUUCCCAAACUGCCAGGCAUGUGUCUGUGAUGGGUCUGGUGUGGCGGACAGUGUGUGCAGUCCAACUGGCCAGUGUGUUUGUUUUCCCAACUAUGCGGGGCAUGAGUGUGACGAAUGUGCACCAGGCUACUAUGGAUACCCAGAAUGUGCUGUCUGCCAAUGCUCACAGGAAGGCUCAUAUGGCAGCAUAUGCAACCCACUGUCAGGUCAGUGCCUGUGUCUCCCAGGGGUGGUGGGCCAGCAGUGUGACCGCUGUGCCUCUGGACUCAGGUUCCCUCAGUGCUCAGCCCCCAUCAGUGUGUGUAAUCCCGUAGGAACUGAGACUGCUGAUCCUCGAACGGGCUCCUGCCGCUGCCGAGCAAACGUAGAGGGAACCCUCUGUGACAGGUGUAAACCUCUCUACUGGAGUCUGGCAUCAGACAACGCUGGUGGCUGUGUAGAGUGUCGGUGUGAUUUGAAAGGGACGCUGAGUGGUGUAGGAGAGUGUCAGCAGAAAAGUGGACAGUGUCACUGUAAGCCUUUUGCAUGUGGACUUAAAUGCGAAACCUGUAAGGAUGGAUACUACCUGCUGCAGAAAAAGCAGUAUUUUGGUUGUCAAGGCUGUCAGUGUGAUGUAGGUGGUGCUAUUGGCGUGGCGUGCGAUGAGUCAUCGGGCCAGUGUUGGUGUCGGAAGAAUAUAGUUGGCCGUGAAUGCACAGAACCUGCACCAGGCUACUAUUUCCCCUCUAUGCACCAACUGAAGUUUGAGGUUGAGGAUGGCACCACGCCGAAUGCCAGACCUGCGCGCUUUGGCUAUAACCCUCAAGAGUUCCCAGAUUUCAGCUGGAGAGGUUACGCUAUAAUGUCUCCUGCACAGAGUGAAGUGAGAGUAACAGUGCAUGUUGACCCAAAAGAUGAGAAGCAGCACUUAUUCCGUGUGGUUCUGCGGUUCACUAACCCGAGCAACACCAUUGUGACCGGUAGCAUCAAGGCUACCAAUAACAGAGGCGCUGAAGGGUCAGAUCAAAGUAAGGAAGUAAUAUUCCCAAAGAGUCCCUCCCCGUCCUUCCUCACUGUCCCAGGAGAGGGCUUCGCUGAGCCCUUUGCGUUGACCCCUGGGAAAUGGAUCAUUCACAUAAAGGCAGAGGGGGUUCUGCUGGACUAUUUAGUGCUGCUGCCCCAGGAUUACUACGAGGCCCCUUUGCUGCAGGAGAAGGUCACCGAGCCGUGCACAUACUUGCCCGCUGCCAGCCGGGAUACAAACUGUCUGUUGUAUAAGCAUGUAGCCAUGGAUGGCUUCAGCUCUGCUCUGGGCUCACAAGGAAUGCUCUCCGACCGCAGCGGGCGCAGGAAGAGACAGGCUCGUGUGCGACGCCCCACCCAAUAUCACCCCGAGAUGGCUGCUCUCAAUGGCAGACAGUCACAGCUUCAGCUCAGUCUACGUGUGCCUCGUCCUGGCCCAUACGCCCUCGUCCUGGAAUAUGCCAGCGAGGUGGAUGCUGUCCAAAAUGUCAACAUACUCAUCAGUGGCCAAUCAGAUGGCCAGAUCCCAGCCAGGGCCAACAUCUACAGUUGUGCCUACAGCUUUUUGUGCCGGAGCGUGGCGGUAGACAGCAGUAAUCAGGUGACAAUGUUGCAGCUUUCUCAUAAGACGGAGGUUCUUCUGCAAACUUCUACGACAUCAUUCCUGCUGUAUAAAGUGUAUGCAGUCCCUGCAGAAGAGUUCUCCAUUGAGUAUGUAGAUCCAAAGGUGCUGUGUGUCUCCACUCAUGGCCGCUUCACUGAGGACAGUCGCCACUGCAUCCAGAUGCAAUUUGACAAGCCUUCCUCAGCCUGGAUUUUGUAUGCUGCCCGUGAUGGACAGCUGUCUGCGGUACCGGCUGUUUCACCCCAACGAGGGGAAAAUGCGGAUUGGAGAUGGAGGCGCCAGACCGGGGCGUUCCCUGUCCGUGAACCGCAAAGUGAUGGGAUACUGCUUAAAUUCCCUCAGACGGAGAUCAGUUUCACUCCAAGAGUGCCCCUCCCGGGCUCGUAUGUGGUUGUGGUUCAUUAUCGCCAGCCUGAACACACAUCCUUCCCUGUAGAGGUCCGAGUGGACGCAGGGCGUGAGUGGAAGGGUUCAAUAAAUGCAUCCUUCUGCCCUGCAGUCUCAGGCUGCAGGGAGGUUGUGAUCGCUGACGGGCGCAUUGCCCUUAACUUUGACCAGGAUACUUGGCAGCAGCCCACCAUCUCCGUGAUCGUGCCACCUAAGAAGACACUUAUUCUGGAUUAUAUCAUGUUGGUUCCUGAUAGCAGUUACACCCCAGAUCUCCUGAAAGAGAAGCCGCUGGACAAAUCUGCAGAUUUCAUUCAGCAAUGUAGAGGAGAAGGCUUCUAUGUUGACCCAAGAACUUCUCCCCAGUUCUGCAGAGACUCUGCCCGCUCUCUUGUAGCAGCCUAUAACAACGGAGCUCUGCCUUGUGAUUGUGACAAGUCUGGCUCUACAUCGACCACCUGUGAUCCUGUUGGGGGACAGUGUCCCUGUAGGCAGCAUGUCAUAGGACGACAGUGCACGAAGUGUGCCACGGGAUAUUACGGCUUUCCCUACUGCAGACCAUGUGAGUGUGGCCGUCGACUGUGUGACGAGGUGACAGGACGCUGCAUCUGUCCACCGCAGACUGUCAAACCAGCCUGUGAUGUUUGUCAGAAUCAGACUUUCAGCUAUCACCCGUUGCUGGGCUGCGAGGGCUGCGAAUGCUCACCGAAUGGAAUCAAAGCCAACGCAGGGCCUGACUGUGACCGCAUCACUGGACAGUGCAGUUGCAAGCCGAGGAUUGGGGGCCGGCAGUGUGAUCGCUGUGCCCCAGGAUACUAUCGCUUCCCCGACUGUAUGCCUUGUAACUGUAACUCUGGUGGUGUCACAUCUGAAAUUUGCCACCCAGACACAGGGAGGUGUCUCUGCAAGAGAAAUGUUGCUGGAAUCAAGUGUGAUACCUGUCGGGGAGGUUCCUUCUAUUUUGACCCCUCCAACCCUCACGGCUGUACCAGCUGCUUCUGCUUCGGAGCGACUGACCAGUGUCAGAGCUCCAGCAAGCGCAGGGGGAAGUUUGUUGAGAUGCGAAUCUGGCGUUUGGAAAGUCCCGAGCGGGAGGUUACCUCAGUGCUGAACACAGCCAGUAACACAGUGGUGGCAGACAUCCAGGAGCUUCCUCCGACAGUUCAAACUCUACACUGGGUGGCACCAUCGUCCUACCUGGGAGACAGGGUUUCAUCUUAUGGUGGUUUCCUCACCUACCAGUCCAAAUCCUUCGGGAUUCCCAGUGAGGGGAUGACUCUCAUGGAGAGAAGACCUGAUGUUGUGCUUACUGGUCACAAUAUGACCCUGAUCCACAUGGCUCCGCAAGUCCCACUUCCAGACAAGCUGUAUCAGGGCAGAGUCCAGCUUGUGGAGGGAAACUUUCGCCAUGCCAUCACCAACAGGCCUGUCUCCAGAGAGGAACUGAUGAUGGUCCUAGCUGGUCUGGUUGGUCUGAGGAUACGAGCCUUGUACUUCACUGAAACCCAGCGUCUCAGCUUAGGAGAAGUGGGCCUGGAGGGGGCGACUAACACUGGGACUGGUAGUCCUGGAAACACUGUGGAAGAUUGUUCCUGUCCCCCCGGAUACACCGGAGACUCCUGUGAGAAAUGUGCUCCUGGUUACUACAGAGAUGGCAGCGGGCCUUUCCUGGGCCGCUGUGUGCCCUGUGAGUGCAACGGUCUGGCUGAUGAGUGUGAGGACAGGACAGGGAGAUGCCUGAACUGUCUGUACAACACAGCUGGGGAUCGAUGCGAACGAUGCAAAGAAGGUUACUAUGGAAAUGCGGCUUUGAGGACUUGCAGAGUUUGCCCUUGCCCAUUAAGCAUCGCCACAAACAGUUUUGCAAUAGGUUGCAAAGACUUCUUUGGAGAGAUUGAGUGUGUUUGCAGAGCGGGCUACACUGGAGACAAGUGCGAAAGAUGUGCUCCUGGUUACUAUGGUGAUCCACUGACGCCAGGAGGAAGUUGUCGGCCCUGUAAUUGCUACGGCAAUGGGAACAACUGUGAUCCCAAGACUGGAGUUUGCAAGAACACCCUGGAGCCGGGAGACACAAACACAGAUAACCACUGCCAAGAGUGUGACAAUUGUGCCCAGACUUUACUCAUUGAUCUGGAGAAGCUGGAUGACGAGCUGGGAAGGAUCAAGACUCAACUAGACAACGCCACUGCCAGUGCCUCCUCUCAGGACAGGCUGAAUAAGCUGGAAAAAGCCAUAGCUGACACCAAGGUUCUGGUCAACAAAUACAACUCUGCUAUCAACACCCAAAAGUCCAGAGUCAACCAGCUGGACGAGGACAUGGACACUCUCUCAGAUGACAUCCGCACCCUCAAAGACAAGGCAGAUAAAAGGGCUGCUGAUGCUGACAAGGCAGUGACAGAAGUUGGAAAAACCCACAAUCGGGCUAAAGAUCUGGACUCAGAGAUUCAAAACCUGCUCAAGAAAAUCCAAGCUCUGCUGGACCAACUGAAGGAUUCAGGUGCCAGCGGUGAAAUAGUCCCCAAUGCAGACCUGGCUAAGAUGCUAGAAGAUGCCAAGCGCAUGGUGAAGGAGAUGCAGAAUAGGAACUUCACCCCACAGAAGACAGCUGCUGAGAAAGAAAGAGAGGAGGCGAAGAAACUGCUGGACUACAUCAAGGCUAAUGUGAGUAAGCAGAGUGACCAAAACGAGGAUGCGGCAGAGAAUCUUCAGAACCUGCUGAAGGGUUACGAAGCCAAGCUGAAGGACCUGGACAAGGCUCUGAAGGAGGCAGUGGACUUGGUGAAAAAAGCCAACACCCAGAACGGGCUCAAUGCUGAUUCUCUGACAGACCUGCAGAAACGCAUCAAAGACUUAAAAAAGGAGAGGGACACUGUUGAGGACCAAAUGGACAUGGCUGAAAAAGAGCUGAGGAAAACAGAGGACAUGGUGAAAACGCUUUCCAAAAGCAAAACGGAAUAUGAAGGGCUGGCCGCACAGCUGGACGGUGCCAAGACUGACUUGACCAAGAGGGUAAAUGAGAUCGCCAAGGCUGCAGCCAAGGAGGACGUCGUGAAAGCUGCUGAGGAUCAUGCGAAAGAACUUGCUGAGCUGGCAAAUAAGAUGGAGAAUGAUGUGAAGAACGCUAUGGGACGUCCUGAGGUGCGUGACGCCCAAGACGCUACUGACGCCUACAAGAACAUCACGAAUGCAAUAAAUGCUGCUGAGGCUGCUGCCAAAGAGGCCGGAGAUGCUGCGGACAAAGCCUUGAAUGAUGUAAAAAACAAGAAGCUCACAGAAAGAGCAAAAGACCUCAAAAAGAAUGGUGAUGAGCUCCUGAAGAAUGCAAACGAUGCCGAGGAAGACCUUCAAGAUGCUGCGGACCAAAUUAAUGACCUGAAGAAGCGCCUAGCAGAUGCUGACAAGAAAAAGCAAGAUCUUCAGAAAGACCUGCUGGAUAAACAGAACCAAAUAAACAACAUCCAGAGAGAUGACAUCAGUGACAUGAUUGAUGAAGCCAAACAGAAGGCAGCUGCAGCCAAUGACACGGCCAAAAAUACAAUGGAUAAACUGAAUGACAUCAAAAAGGAAAUGGCUAAGAUCAGUGUCACUUCUGGAGACUCAAACCUAGGCGGUGUAUUGGAUGAUGUGAACAAGACAGUGAAGGACUUGCUGAACAAAAUUCCAAAUCUGAGUGAUAAGAUCUCAGAGGUGGAGAACCUGACCUUGCAGUUCUCGCCCAUAACCAAGAUAUCUGACAACAUCAAUAAGAUCAAAGAGCUCAUCGAACAAGCCCGGGACGCAGCUAACAGGAUUGCAAUCCCAAUGAAGUUCUCAGGCAAUGCCCACGUGGAGAUGCGUCCACCAAGGAAUCUGGAUGAUAUGAAAGCCUACACGUCCCUGUCACUGUCGCUACAGAGACCUGAAAGUCCUUCAAGGGGUGAUAGAGGACGCAGACGCAGACGCAGACAGGUCACAGACAGUGGAAACAUGUUUGUGUUGUACCUUGGCAAUAGAGAUCCUUCUAAGGACUACAUCGGCAUGUAUCUGAAGAACAACGUGCUGCAUGGUGUGUACAAGCUCAACGGAGUCGAGAACAAGCUAACAUUGGAUACCAUCAGUAGGUCUGGGUCUGAGCCAUCUACGUUUGAUAGAGUGGACCUACGCAGGAUUUACCAAGAUGCAAAGAUGACACUCACCAAAGAAAUCACCUCAUCCAAACCCAAAGACCCAAUUGUAAGAGACAGGCAAGGAGACGAGACCAAGAACCUCCUUAAUGUCAGUCCUGAUGAUUUUGUUUUCUACAUUGGAGGCUAUCCUGACAACUUCACACCGCCACCUUCUCUCAACUAUCCCAAGUACAUAGGCUGCCUUGAGUUCUCAUCUUUUAACGACAACGGCAUCAGUCUCUACAAUUUCCAAAAGGCACAAGGGAUCACAGCUACAAACACUACAUGCAAGAGAUAUGUACCUCCAGAUGAUUCCCAAUACUAUGAAGGCACUGGUUAUGGCAAAGUGAUUUUUAAGAAACCCGAAAAAAUCCUGGGUAUUGCUAUGCUCCUCCGGACUCACUCAGAAAACGGUCUGCUCUUAUACUUAGGAGAUGAGAACAAAUACUUAAUGGUGACGGUGGAGAAGGGCUUCAUUGUCAUACGUAGUAAUUUGCUUGAUGCACCAGUUGUGGCGACAGAGAAGUCAUUCCCGAUAAAUGAAUGGAAAGAAAUCUUAAUUAUCAGCGCAGGAAAGGGAGAAAUAAAAGUCCUCUUGGCCAGUAAACAAGUAGCCAUAGCCAAAGCUUCGUACGCCAACACCGACUUUAAAGAAUUCUAUGUUGGUGGCGCCCCACAAGACAUCAGGGAAAAAUUUGGCAUCAACAUACAGCCAUACAAAGGAUGCUUGAGGAACUUGAGGCAGUUGUCAGCUAUUCAACUUCUUGAUGAGCAAGUGGGCAUCAGCAAAGGCUGUCCCACAGACUCCUUGCUUUCCCGUAGAGCGGAGUUCAGCACAGGAAGCUCCCUGUCAUCUGGCCUCUCAGGCUUUACUCUGAACAAUGACGUUUCUGUGUCCCUCGGAUUCAAGAGCACAGAGAAUCAGGGUCUCAUUCUGCAGAACAAACAGUCGGCUAAUGGGAUAAGUAUUGAGUUGGAAAACGGCCAUGUGAUUCUCCACUUCAACAACAAGAUCUGGAAAUCAAACAAGCAAUAUAACGAUGGCCAGUGGCAUUAUUUGACCAUAUCUAGAAGAAGUGGAAGGACUGAGCUGUACGUUGAUGACGAAGAUGCGGGUAAGGAGCAGAGCGGCAGCGCUGCCAUACCUGAGACAGGUGGCUCUGUGAUCCUGGGAAAAAACAAGUUCCAAGGCUGCAUUUCCAACCUCUACACAAGACGGCCAGCCAAUCUGUACAAGGCUGAGGACCUCAGCACCUUUGCUGCUUCUGGAGAUGUUUUGCUGGAUGUGUGUACUCCCGACAGUUUUGCUAAAAUGAUGCUGGACCGCGCCUCGAAGAAGGAUGUUGUGAUGCAGGCAAUGAAUGAGAGCCUAUCAGCAUGUGCAUUACCAGCUCUGCUUCCAAAUGCUUAUCGCAUGGGCGGCCCUGUCAGCAGCCUGAGCUACAGCCUUCCACUCCAGGUCCUGCAGCCCAGGCCCCACUUCUCUCUAGAUGUGAAGACUCGGGCCCUUGAGGGCCUGCUGUUCUUUGCUGCUACCCGAGGAGGGCGCUCUCAUCUUGCUUUAUACAUAUCCAAAGGCAGGAUCAGACUGUCAGUUGGCAAACAGAAGGAGAUCUUCAACAGGGAGAAGUACAAUGAUGGAAAGUGGCACUCGGUCAUAUUUAGUUUGGAGAGGAAGAAAUUUCGACUGGUUGUAGAUGGGAUCAGGGCCCAGGAUGGUCAGCUGACCAAUGCUGAGCUGACAUCCAUGCAACAGUUUGUGUCACCGGUGUACCUGGGCAGUGCCCCCGAGUCGCUUCACAAAGAGCUGAAGUUAAAGGCCCUUCCAAAGCAAAGUGUGUCCGGCUGUAUACGCAAUUUUAAAAUGAAUGGAGCAAAAAUGUUAAAUCCAACCACAAACCACGGUGCUGGCCCCUGUUUCGAGGGACCGACACAGAGAGGGGCUUAUUUCUCAGGGAAUGGAGCGCAUGUCGUCAUCAAUGACUCCUUUGUUGUGAGCUCCGGCUUUGAACUGCUGUUUAAUAUUCGCCCACGUAACCUGAGUGGCCUCCUGCUGCAUGUCGGUGAUUUCAGCAGGAACCAGUAUGGACCUGCUAUGGGCCACUAUCUCACUGUCUACAUGCACAGAGGAGAGGUGGUGGCACAAGCGAACAAUGGCAAAGGGGAAUUCAUGGUGUCUGUGAAGCCGAAAGCUUCUUUAUGUGAUGGAAUGUUUCAUAAAAUUUCAGUAAUCAAGAGGAAAAAUGUCGUGCAACUGCAUGUGGACACAGUAGACAGUUACAAGAUUGGACCACCAUCUUCCACUGCAACUCUGACCAAAGACUCUUUGUAUGUGGGUGGCAUUCCUGAGAUGUCAAUGCGUCAGACGCUCCCCGUCACAUCAUCGUUUGUGGGAUGCAUCCAGGACAUGAGGAUCAACGGCGACUCAGUCUCAUUCGACAGGCUGUCUGGCGUGUUCGGUCUGGUUAAUCUCAAAGAGUGUCCAGGCUGAACAUCUCACUGCGUCAUCAUGAAUCAAACCUUGGGACCACGUCCGCCGCCAACCAUGUGCAAUCUGUUACCGAGACACAGAAUGUGUUUGUGUGUAAGAAUGUAUAUAUUAUGAGGUGUGUGUUUCAAUGUGAGUGUGUGAGCGUCUGUGUGUAAAAUGGAGAUAUGAGCAGCAGCUUACAGGUUCAUAAUAUUUGCUGCUCGGUUAAACGUCUCUGUAUUUAUUUUUUUGUGAUAAAAUCAGCACCAAUUUACAUAUGCUAACAUUUGUGUUACAGUCUGAUGUGUUGGUCCAUUCAUUUUCUGUCGACAAUCAAAUGCUAAUGAAUAUGCUUGUGAUUGGUCAGGGCUGCAAUAGGAGCAACCCAGCACUUUAAGAAAACAAAUGAUGCCUUUUGUGAUGGUGCUUUCAUGAUGAUUUUUAAUUUUUGUUUGUCAGAAAGUCUAGAAUAAUUACGUUUACACCCACGGUGCUCAAAUCAGUGACAUUUCAGAGGCUGCCUAGCUGUUUUAUAUUCAAAACCACAUGCCAGCAUGUAGAGCUCUGCAUUUAACUGGUUUAAUAGACGUGGUGUCUUCACACAGGCCAUGAAAUCACUUUUUUUUUCUCACACCGUUGUUCUAUUUUCCAUUUUGCAUUCCUUUUUCAUGCAUGAGGACUUUCUUCAUGGCUGUUUGUGGAGCAUUGAGUUGAAAACAUAUAGAUGCAAUUAUCUUCUAAUAACACUCACAAUUCAUGUUUGGGACCAUGUUGUCCAUAUAAAAGUUAAAGCUAUAUUACAAAAUAACAUGUUUUUGAUGUAUUUAAACUUCCCAGCAAGUGUUUACUUAGGGACUGUACUUUAUUUAUCAGGGGAGGGGGGUGUCUCGGAUUUAAUUUUUUUUUCUAUUUUCAAUCUUGACCCUCCCUGAAGCUACAAAUUAGAAUAGAGAAGAAUUAAGUAUUUGAACGCGGAAGCUAACCCCAGCCCCACAAUGAUGACGAACUGUCCCUUAGCUGCUGUGUACUUUUGUGGAAAAAUCUGUCAUAUAGAAAAAAUAUGCAUGACGAUUGAUGAUUUUUACAUGCAUUCCUGUCUUGUGACCACUGAUU